AGAAACACCCCCAAAAAGCGCGUGCGUGGAGAGAGAGCCCGGGGAGAGGAAAAAAAGAAAGAAAGAAAGAAGAGAGGCCGGGCCGGGGAGAAAAAGAAAGCGGAAAGGAAAGCAAAAGGAGAUGCAUGGUGUGGGAGAAAAGACCAAUCUAUAUCUUCCUCCCUAGGGCCACACACCCCAGCAACAAGCAGCCUCUCCUCUCUUUUUCACACGCCACACUACACAUACAAAUACAAACACACACUCCUGUCCUUUCCACUCCAACUCUCCAAGUUUCCAACCCCUCCCUCUCUCUCUCUCUCCACAUCAGCCCCCUCCUCCCCACUUCUCCCAACUCCUGCUAGCUCUCUCUCACACACACUAGCUAGCUAGGCUCCUCGCUUCCAAGCGAGAAUUCCGGCGUCCUCCUCCUCCUCCUCAAUUUCCAAACUCUCUCCCCCAACCAAAUCAUACGCUCCUCCGCCGAUCCCUUCUAUAUACGACGACGAGAAGAUACACACGCCAGCCGGGCGGCUUCUCGUCAUACACUUCGAGAGAGAAUGGAGCUGUUCCCAGCGCACCCGGACUUGCAGCUGCAGAUCAGCCCUCCCCCAGCCACCAAGCCAAUGGAGCUAGGGUUUUGGAAGAGGGCUCUAGACACCACCUCGCCUGCGACUACAACAGCGGCGGCGGCGGCGGCUGCUGCAACGGCCACCACGGCCCCCGCCUCCCUCGCUUUCGCCUCCUCGGCGCCGACGACAGCCGUGGGAUACCACGCGGCGGUGGCGGCGGCGGGCGCGCACCAGCAUCAUCAUCAGGUGCCGACGAGCUCGCACUCCCACCUGGCCCUCCCGUUUUUGCACCACACCCAGCCCAUCCUCCCCGAGGGCGGCGCCGGCGGCGGCCUCCGCCGGGACCUGACGUCCAUGAGGCCCAUCCGGGGCAUCCCCGUGUACAACACCUCGCAGCCGCUCCCGUUCCUGCAGAGCCACCACCACCACCACCACCCGCAUUGCUACGACGCGAUCGGCGGCCACGCCGCCGCCGGGCCGAGGUCCCCCAAGGCCGCGCUCCGGCUCGCGGGGGCGCCGGCGAAGCGGGGCGCGCGCGCGCCACGGAUGCGGUGGACGACGUCGCUGCACGCGCGCUUCGUCCACGCCGUCGAGCUGCUCGGGGGCCACGAGAGAGCUACACCCAAGUCAGUUCUUGAGCUAAUGGACGUGAAGGAUCUGACCUUGGCCCAUGUCAAGUCGCACUUGCAGAUGUACCGGACCAUCAAGACUACUGACCACAAGCCAGCUUCUGCUUCAUCCUAUGGGCAAGCGGCUGCGAAAGCGAUCAUCGACAUCCCCGACGACAACCUGUUUGACCUCACCAACACCACCAGCGGGUCUGAGUCGUCUGCUCAGCACUCAAAUCCUGACGGCGGCAACGAGCAUGGCUCCAGCAUGUGUGCUCUCUGGUGCAGCUCCUCGAUAAGCAGCAAGGGGGCCUGGUUCCAUGACAAAUCAAGAGAUGCCACUCCCGGCGACAUCAAAUCCUUCGAGGACGUGCAAUCACAAAGCCUUGACGAUGUCGUCUCCGACCUAAACUCGUCGUCGCCGUUCCAUGUAGCUGGGAUGUUUGGCAGAGGCAAGAAACCGAACCUCGACUUCACCCUAGGACGGAUAUAAUCCGCGCCAUCUACAUAUCAAUCACUUGAACCAACCGAGAGAGAUCAAUCGGCCAUGGAUAAGAGAUCGAAGAAGACAGCAGGCUAGAGCUAGCUGCAUAUAUAUAGAUUGAUUUGCUUCUAAGCAGCCAUAUUUAUGAUCUGAUGGUGCAUAUAUACGCAUGGAUGCAUGUGUGCCCCAUAUGGUCCUAGUGAGGGAAGAACCAAAGCUUGAAGAAACGAAAAGAGAGGCUAGGAGUAAAGAAUAAGAGAUAAGACAACCGUCGAUCCAGGAACAAAGCUAGCUAGCGCAAAAGGAGAACGGGGAGACAUUGGGGCGUGCGUGUGUGCGUGCUGUUGUGUGCGUGGUGUAGUAGAUAGAUAGCUCGAUCGAUAGGCUUUAUCAAAGGCAGCAGGCAAGGGCAAGAGGUAGCUUGCUUGCUUGCCUGCCUGCUGCUCAUCAAAGGGCAUUGUAUGCAUAUAUGCUCAUUGCUUGCUUCUGGAUGUGUGGUGUACACAUGCGUGCAUGAGGAGAGAUCGAGGAGGUGUAUUGUGUGUACCAGCAGACGCAUGAGCUGAGGCUGCCUAUAGGUGUAGCUAGCUGCUAGGGGCCGGUUGGCUGGCCAAGGUUUAACAAAAGGUUGCUUCAUAUCUUUUGUUAUAUGCUUAUGCCACACAAAGUGUGUAAAGAGAGGUAGCGCAUAUGUCAUAUUUGCAUAUAUAUGUAUGGACCAUGCACGGACCAUGGAGCAUUCUUGCUCUCUGUUAGCUCCCAGCCGAGGCAAGAAUAGGUUCUUGCCCAGGAUUGGAUGUAUCAUGCGUACAACCUGGUCGGAUUUGUAGUCCUUGAGCGAAACAAAAGCUAUAUAUGAUCUGGUCCAUAUAUAUCGUGCAUGGAACAUGAAUGUUUCAUGUUUUCUAUGAUAAUUUUUAGGAUUGAUAUUUU